UGCACUGCAUUCACACACUCUCAAAGAUAAGGAAAAAAAAAAAAUGAAGCUCUUUUCUCUGAUACUGUUUUUCUUAGCUUUCUUCUUGCUUGGAACCUCAGCAGACGAUGUUACCAGCGUCAUCAGCUCGUCUCUUUUUGACCAAAUGCUUAAAUAUCGAAACGAUCCUCGAUGUAAAAGCAAUGGAUUCUACACUUACAAUGCUUUCGUUGAUGCUGCCAAAUCUUUCAAUGGCUUUGGCACAACUGGUGAUAUUACUACACGAAAAAGGGAGAUUGCUGCUUUCUUUGGUCAAACCUCUCAUGAGACCACGGGAGGGUGGCCAAGUGCACCAGAUGGCCCAUAUGCAUGGGGAUAUUGCUUUAUUACUGAAACUAACAAGCAAACCUAUUGCACGCCUUCAAAUCAAUGGCCAUGUGCUCCUGGCAAACAAUAUUAUGGUCGAGGACCUAUCCAACUCACUCACAACUACAAUUAUGGGCCUGCAGGUAAAGCUAUUGGAGUUGAUCUGCUAAGUAAUCCAGAUCAAGUAGCCACAACCCCCACCAUAUCAUUCAAGACAGCCAUAUGGUUUUGGAUGACCCCACAAGGAAACAAACCAUCUAGCCACGAUGUCAUCAUUGGAAAAUGGACACCCUCCGCUGCUGACACUGCAGCUGGUCGAGUCCCAGGUUAUGGUGUAAUCACCAACAUUAUCAAUGGUGGCCUUGAGUGUGGCCAUGGCCAGGAUAGUAGGGUGGCUGAUAGGAUUGGGUUCUAUAAGAGGUACAGUGACAUAUUGGGAGUUAGCUAUGGGAACAACCUAGAUUGCUAUAAUCAAAAGCCUUUUGCCUAAACAGCUCUGGUCCAAGGCAAAAAAAUGUUUAGCCAAGUACAAUAAGGAGAUGAUAUAAAUGUAUGAAUGGGAGAUUUUCCUGUUCAAUGAGAAAUCUAUAAAGUUAAAAUAAAGAGGAAUUUAAUAAAUUUGAGUACUGGUAAUGCA